GAGCAGUUACCAACAAGCAGCAAGCCGGUGAGCAACAAACAGACUUAUAAGCGCGCAUCGUUCAAGUAAUCAGUGAAGAUCUAAAAUACUUUGGAGCAAAAAAUAAAAUAUAAACGUGUAAUCAUAGAAACAGAGACAGUUGAAGAAGUUGUUAAAAAAGAAAACAGCAAAAAUAACUCAAAGAAUUUGCUAGAAACAUUUUAAACGUGGAGUUUGAUCGAAGACUGAAAAGAAAGACAUUUAUAUAAAUACUGUGGACUAAUACAAAGUGUAGAAAAAAGACUUGUGACACUUGUUUUUUUAGCAUUUAUACAAUUUUUUUUUGCGGAAUCUAAACGUGAACUGCUGUAUAAAUACAAGAAAGACAGUUGAAUAACCAAUUAAGUGAAAUCUCAAAACAAAUUAGCGCAGACGGAGAUAACCGAGAGCAAGAAGCACAAUAAAACUAAUCUACAACAAAAAUGACGGGUUUCAAUUUGAACGGCACCAGCCUGCUGAAAACCAAAGCUGUCAAUGGCAACACCAACGGUGACACGAAUGGCAGGAACAACUACAUUGCCGAGGAAUGUCCCAAUGAUUCCGCCGGCUCGACGUCCACCAACAAUAACAACAACGUUGAAGAACACUUUGUGGAUGAAGUUGAAGUUGAAAAUCGCGUUCAGUUGGUUAUAAAUGAAGAAAAUUAUUCCUAUGAGUUGAUCAAAGAGAUCGCCGAUUACUUUUUGGAGCGCACCAGCAUUCGUCCCGUCAUCGGCAUUAUUUGCGGUUCGGGCUUGAAUUCACUAGCCGAUCACAUUACCGACACACAAGCCUUUGAGUACAAGGAUAUACCGAACUUCCCCGUCUCCACGGUGGAGGGUCAUGUGGGCCGCAUGAUCUUUGGCUAUUUGGAGGGUAUGCCCGUCGUUGCCAUGCAGGGUCGCUUCCACUACUAUGAGGGCUAUCCGUUGGCGAAGUGUUCCAUGCCUGUGCGUGUGCUGAAAUUGGUCGGUAUUAAGUAUCUGUUCGCCACAAAUGCCGCGGGCGGUCUCAACCCUAAAUAUAAGGUCGGUGACAUUAUGAUUGUGCGCGAUCACAUCAAUAUUAUGGGCUUUGCGGGCAAUUCACCACUGCAAGGCCCUAACGAUCCACGCUUUGGACCACGUUUCCCGCCCAUGACGAAUGCCUACGAUCGGCAUUUGGUGCGUAAGGCGCGCAAGGUGGUGCGUGAUAUGGGCAUUGAGAAUGACGUGCAUGAAGGUGUCUACACUUGCCUGGGUGGUCCCAAUUACGAGACUGUGGCCGAGUUGAAGAUGUUGCGCAUUAUGGGCGUCGAUGCGGUGGGCAUGUCCACGGUGCAUGAGGUGAUCACAGCACGUCAUUGUGAUCUCACUGUGUUCGCCUUCAGUUUGAUCACCAACAAAUGUGCCACAGACUACGACAGCGGUGAUGAGGAUGCCAAUCACGAAGAGGUGGUGAUGGUGGGCAAAUCGCGGCAAAGCAUUUGUGGUGAACUAAUGUGUCGAAUGAUACGCGAGUUGGCUGAGGAGUCGCAGCAGAAGAAUGGCAACAAAUAAAUUGGAAGUGCGGAGCGGAUGGAACCAAAAAUAUUUUAGUGUGUAAUCAUAUAGCAUAGCUUGCUACGUAGUUACGUUCAACAAAAACAAUAAAUGACAUAAGUUAAGACAAGCGCAUUGGUGUCGGCGAGAGAGAAAAAGAGAGAGAGUUAGAGAGUUAGUUACGCACCUAGCGCAUACACAAACCACUGGCAGUUUAUUCACUACUCACACACGUAUUAUGAGGUAACACUUAAGCCAUAUACGAUUACUUCGUAGAUUUGUACUAGUUUUGUAGUUAGUUGUCUUGUGUAGUCAUUAUUAUGUUUUGUCUUAGCUCAGUUUGUUGACUCUGUAAAAUCUAUUGAUAUAUGUUAUAUAGAGAGUGUUAUAGAUUAUUAACAGACUUCGAGUCACCUACCACUUGUUGCAUUUUAUAGUCUUUUAUUGCAUAACAACAGUCCAAGACGCGCUGUAAACCAGUGUAGUACAUAUAUCCUUAUAGAGUUUAUGCGAGUUCAUCACCAAUUCGCCGUGUCUAGUGUAUUAUAAGCUACUUAUUUAUUAUUUUUAAGUGUAAAGUUGACAUGUGUUGUACAAUUGUUUACUUUUAGCAUUUACUUAUAUGUAUAAUGUAUACUGUAUUCAGCAUUAUUUAUAUAUGAAUAUACUGUUAUUUUAAAAUAUAUGAAUAUGCACAAUUUUAAGUACAUAUAUUGAAUGACGUUUUGAAACAAUAAUAUAUUUUCGAUCAAAUAAUAAAAAUCAGUAGUUAUAUUGAGCACGCAAAA